GUUUAUAUAAUACUUCAAAGAUUCCAAUCAUACUUUCAAGCGUUGAUCGAAACUUGUUUGGCUGAGUAAUGCAUUGGAUUCUCUUGAUAUGGCCAAAUCGGAACGGCCGACGAUGUGCAGAACAGAGGAAGCCAUCCUCACUCUCCUCCAAGGCUGCAACAGUAUGCACCGCCUGCGCAAAAUCCAUUCUCAGGCCAUUCUCCGCGGCAUUGACAAACGCUCAUCCGUUGCCGGAAAGCUCCUAUCUUUCUGCGCCAUUUCUUCCGCCGGCAACCUCUCUUACGCCCUUCUUCUCUUCUCCCGCCUCCCGGACCCUUCUACCUCCAACUGGAACUCCCUCAUCCGCGGCUUCUCCAUUUCCCCUUCAUCCUCUCACUCCAUCUCCCUCUACAACUCCAUGGUGUCCUCUUCCUCGUCUGCUCGCCCUGAUGCCGUCACCUUCUCCUUCCUCCUCAAAGCCUGCGGCCACAAUGCGGCUACAGGAAAGUGCAGGGAGGCUCAUGGAAGCAUUUUUCGAUUAGGGUUUGAAGCAAACAUAAUUGUUUGUACGAAUCUCUCCCGUGCGUAUGCGGAUAAUGGAAAUGUGGGAGAUGCGAGAAAGGUGUUUGAUGAAAUGCCUGAAAAAGAUCUCAUUGCGUGGAAUUCAAUGAUAGCUUGUUACUGCAGGGCAGAGAAGCAUGAAGAUGCGCUGAAGGUUUAUAAACAGAUGAGGUUUUUAGGUUUCGGGUUAGAUGAGUUCACCGCAGUGGGAUUGCUCUCCUCAUGUGCUCAUCUCGGUGCAUUGGAGCUUGGAGUUUGGGUGCAUAGAUUUGCAGAAAAAAAUGGGUUUUUGGAUAGAAAUGUUUAUGUGGGUAAUGCACUAGUAGAUAUGUAUGCGAAGUGUGGUAAUUUGGAGCAAGCUUGUAAUGUUUUUGAGACGAUGAAGAAGCGGGACACUUUCACUUGGAACUCAUUGUUAUUUGGAUUUGGUAUUCAUGGUUAUGGGAAGGAGGCAAUAAACUUCUUCCAACGAAUGCUUAUGACUGGGGUUCAACUAAAUUCUGUGACUUUCCUUGGGCUGCUUAUGGGUUGCAGCCACGAAGGAUUGGUUGAUGAAGGUUUGGAGUAUUUUUAUUCGAUGAGCUCUAAAUUUUCAUUGAAACCUGAUGCCAAGCAUUAUGGUUGUGUGGUGGAUAUGAUGGGCCGAGCAGGGAGACUUGAAAAGGCUGUUGAAUUCAUCAAAACUUCAUCUUUUGUAAGUGAUCCGGUUCUUUGGAGGGCAUUGUUGAGCGUUUGUAAGAUUCAUAAAAAUGAAGAAAUAGCAGAAGUUGCUUUUGGGAAUCUCGUGGAGAUGUCAGCUCAUAAUGCUGGUGAUUGCUCUCUUCUUGCAGGAAUUUAUGCCUCUAAGGGAAAUUCUGAUGGUGUUUCGAGGAUGAGGAAGAUGGUGAAGGAACAGGGAAUGAAGACCACACCUGGUUGGAGUUGUAUAGAAGUGAAAGCUGAGGUGAGAAAGUUUGUUGUUGAUGAUAUAUCUCAUUCAGACAUUGAGGAAAUUUACAAUAAGUUAAUGGAAAUGAUCAACAGAGCAAUUGCUUUGGGUUAUCCUGCAGAAAAGUUUAAGUUAAUUUUGAGAGAAAAAUCUCCUGAGAAGUAUAAAGAAUGGUUGGAACAUGGAGGAAGUUUCCAUAGCGAAAUCCUGGCAAUCGCUUUUGGACUUUUAAGUACGCCUGAAGGAAUGAUGUUAAGAAUUGUGAAAAACUUGAGGGUUUGUAUGGAUUGCCAUCUGCUUACAAAGCAUGUUUCGAGGGCAUUUGAUCGAGAAAUUGUUGUAAGGGAUCGUGUGAGGUUUCAUCACUUUAAAGAUGGAUCAUGCUCAUGCAAUGACUAUUGGUAAUGGGAAUGCCAAUAGGAAUCUAUU